AUGGACAGCCAUAGUGACUCCACCAGUGACCUUGACGAGGACUUUCCUGUAUAUGACUUCCUCCAGCCUAGUCGUCAUAGCUGCCAGACCCCACAGACCCACAUAGAUAAACCCGAUCAGGUGGUCCUGGAUAGUUCUGAUAUAGAGGAGGUACCCCCUUCCUCCCCAGUCUCUGCUGUGCAGCGAGGGGCUGGUACCGAAGUGGCUGAUGUCAUGAUGGUCAGCAGUGAGUCUGAGGAGGAUGCACCCUUUGUUCCCCUGGCUCUGAGACUCAAACAGAGACAAGGAAUGCUUAGUUCAUCCAUUUCAGCCUCCACUGUCACUAAUGGCAAAGAUCCUCAUCAACACUCCCCAUCUCAUCUGCCCAGCUUGGACCUCUUUGGUCAAAAUGUUCAUUCUCAGUCAGAGACCAUGCUCAACUCCCGUGACAUACCCAGGAGAAAGGGUGACCAAGGCAUGUUGGAUGCCUCAGAGAAGGCAGAUAUCCCACAGCUGUGGCCACCUCUGAAGUCCUCCUCCUGGGCAGGGAACAGCAAUGCAUUACCUGCCAAGAGGACAGCAGAGAAGAUCCAGGCCUCCAGGGAGGAGGCCCUUAAACGAAGGGAGGCCAAACAGAGGCAUCAUGGGGAAAAAGAGAUGCGCAGACUAGAACAAGAGCGACAGAAAGCAGAGCGGAAAGCCCUAGCAGACGCAGUUAAAGCCCUGAGGCCAGAUGAGUGUAUCAAAUAUAUGGUGGUGGUUGUGGACCCAGCACUGUUACAGCUGGAAGGAGGAGGCACUUUGUUGAUGUCGGUACAGGCCCUGGGCUGUAGCUGUGCCAUAGAAAAACAAACCCUUCCACGCAGUGUCAGCUGGAUCAGAAAAGCUCCCUGCUCACAGCCAGGUAACGAGGCAUGUGUAUCAGAGGCCCAAGUUGUGAUGCAGAUGACUGUUGAGGAUUUUAUUACUCUGAUCCACAGCUACACUGAGAAACAGAAGUAUGGAGCAGCAGACUAUGCCCCCACUCUCACUUCAUGGGUCCAGGACCUACAAGCCCGUAACCCCGACAAGAUCCUCAGCCUGGUGGUUAUUGACCUGGAGAAUUACUUCAGAUCCCAGAAGUCUCAAGGUCAAAAGAGGUUACGAGAAGCAGUCCUCAGGGAGACCCAACGUGCAGGAAAAGCGGCAGCGAAGAAGAGGAAUAAGAAUAGUGGUAUUGAAGCACUACCUGAAGUAUCACGAAUUGAAGUAGAGGAGGCUUUGGUGCAUCUCCAGCUCCACACUGGCGUUUCAGUUCGCUGCUUGUCAACCUGGCAGGACUUUUCAGAUCACAUCGCCAUGACAACCAAAGCAGUCGCAGAGACCCCUUUCAAACGAGAAAGGGAGAAGACAGGAUUUUCUUUUCACCUGGAGAGUGAGUGGGCUGGUGGGCAGCGGGUGGACAAAACCGGGAAGGGGCUGCUACAUGUAUGGAAGAGACAGAUUCAACAGCUCAACAGAGUCAGUCCAGACAUAGCCUCCGCAAUCCUGGCAGCCUACCCCUCCCCACAGCUCCUCAAACAGGCUUACCGUGGGUGCAAGACAGACAGCGAACGGAUCUCUCUGCUGUCAGAGCUUCAGAUUCGCCGAGGCGAGGGUGUGACCUCCACAACACGGCGGAUCGGUCCAGAGCUUUCCAAACGCCUCUUACUGGUGAUGACCUCAUCUAAUCCUCAUCAGACUCUGUCCGCAAUGUGA